AUGGCCAAAGAUGCUACCAGCAAGAAAGUUGUCGCCAAGACCAUCCGCGGAAGAGCGGACGAAGUAGUGCUCCACAAUAUGGCUACACUCGCACAGAAAUUGGGAUUUGACUCUUUGCCGGUCACUGAAAUGUUGAACUGUUCUCCCGACCGAAGAAUUGCUCGCGAAGCUCUACUCAAGGCCCGAAAACCGGUGGAGUGUUUUGGUACCGCGGUCGCUCACGAGGCAUUACCAUCGCCAGAGUUCGUUCUUGAAAGGACACCAACGCUUUCACGUCGUUGUGGUCCCCCACUCGAGCAUGUGCAGCCGAUAGAUCGACCUCACCUUUUCCUAGACAAAGUGCAUUCCAAAGAAGCGACAGGGCCGCAGACUAUCUCCUCCUUUUUUGUGAGACAAUGCGUGUACUUUGCUUUCUUUGACAAGCCUUUGACAUGGACACAAAGUCAAGACCAUGAUCAAGCUUCGCCUGAGCUGCUGCAAACGGACAUUUCUAGAUCCCCUCUGUUCGUACCAGUUGAUGACCUGCCAAGUAACCCACGAGUGGUCCCAGCUACGGGAUCAGCUUCACAAAGACAAUCACGCCGAGAGCAACGCCAAGAACGACGCCGUCGAAGACAGGCAACUGGAAACCGGUCACACCGAGACCGGCGACAGGAAAUUGUUGAAGAAAUACAUCCUGCCGCUCCGGCCGAUCCAGUUGACUCCAUCACUGCUGAUCAUGAUAUGGGUAUGAAUGACGUCGCUCAUGUUGUUCCUGGUGGUGCAGACAUUUCCAUGGCAGGAUCUUCCAGUGAGAGUCACAUCGGCGGGAAUGAGCAUUUAGCGAUACAGAACGAGUUAUUCCGCGACACCAGAAGACAUGUUCAGGAGAACCCAGAGCUUUUGCCAAAUGUCGAGCGAGACGAGCAAGCGCUUGCUCAAGUCAGUGACACAAGGCGCAACUUGGGAGACAUUUUACACGAACCAUCAACUGACAGUCCAAAUGGCCAUGAUACUGCAGAGCGACAAACGGAAGAGAACGAGGAUACCGCCUCGCAAUAUUCUCAGGACUCUUCACGAAGCGGCGAGAACGCCUCAAUGGAAUAUGUGGAGUCCGUCGUGCCUGCUGAGAUGCAAGACCGGUUGACAAGAGGAGUGUCUUCUGAUGCAGAUCUACAGCUCACGUCGAGCCCUGUCGAGGCGGAUAGCGAAAGCCUGAAUCGACGGACCGAGGAAAGAGAGGUUGCGCAUGAUGCAGUACAACAAGCCCUUCGGAUGCUUGAGCAGGAAGUAGAGACACGGGCACAUACUAGUAUAGAACGGUCAGAAGAGCAAUUUGCCACGUCGAUCGAUGAGCCAACUGCUUCAUUAGAGCUUCCCAGCCCAGGUGUGGGACCGGCUGUGGACGCAUUAGCUGAAUCUCGCAUAUUGAAUGAACAUUCGCCAGCCACAACUCAGGAUCCUGACCCGAUUGUUCGGCAAGGUCGAGUGCCACGAAACGCCCGAGCACCAAAGGCCAUCACUCAAAUUGAUUUGACCGGGCUGGAUGCAGCAAUUAUUGUGGGAGAGGAUGGACCCGACCAGCAAGAGCAGGCUGAGUCACCAAUUAUCGAUCAGGCUGCGAUUUCAACCCCUCUUGGUCACCAGGAAUUGUCGGAGCAUGAACAGGGCACAGACAAUAUGGGACCUCGAGAGUUUCUGAGCGAUUUGCCUAAUCCUUCGGCCUCAAAUCCGAUCAUAGGUGAAUCUACUGGCCCGCCUCGACCCGCAGCGCUUCAGAUUUCAGCAGGGGCCACGGGAGAGGGCGGGACCAGCCAACAAGAACAAGCAGAUGUCCAAAUAACCCAUCAUGAUAUGGCAUCACCAGUCUCUAAGCCUCAGAAACCCAAAGAGCAUGUUCGACAGACGAACAAGAAGCUACGCGAAAAUAAGGAUGACUCGCAAGAGGCUGCCGCCUCAGGCCAAAACGUAAGUGAAUUCACAGUUCCACUUCUGCCGGAAGCGCUUCGCCCACGUCGGAACCCUCCACCCAAUGCAAUCUCGAUUACUUUCAAAAUUUAUGAGAAUGGAGGAUGGCAUGUGACGGACCAAGUGCCGGUCUACCCGAAUGACCCAUCGGAAGCACAUCGUAUAGCCCACAAGUAUGCCCGCAAGGACAACAAACAUGCGCGCUUCUACAACAAGAACUUACGACUAGUCAGCGCUGCUCAAUGUGUCCGGGCCGCGAUGGAUGAUGGAUCGAAUACUGUCCUCAUGAGCCUACAACAGGAUCUCGUAGUGACACGAGCCAAAGUGGCUGCGGUGGCCGAGAUGAUAAAAGCGGACGCUCAGAAAAGGGCAGCAACUGAUGCUGAUGAUAUAAUAACGUAG